UAACUCCAGCCCUGACACCGUCUCCUCCCCGAAGUAGAAAUAUCAGGCUGGUGGUUAGACGUCUUGACGGACAUCCGAACAUAUACUGCGGUCAUAUGGACUACGUUUUAUCUUCUCCGCCAUUUUGAUCGGCGACACCACCGGUCGUCGUCGCCAGCCUGUUGAAGUUGAUUUCGGCCGGUGUCGGAGGGGAGGGAGUCGACAGUCGCUCCAAGACCACCGCGCUCACCGUGGAUGGCUGAUGAGUGGAGGUCAUCGCUAGCGUGAAGCUAACACCGCAAGGAAUAGAAGAGCCCCCCUACGGGCCGCUCAGGGUGACCUGACACCCCCAAGAUUAGAUGACAACCAAAGGAACAUGAAGACUGAAAGCUAAGUGCACAGGUCUACGUGAGCGUAAACCAUGUUUUGGAAGUUUGACCUACACACAGCUUCUCAUCUGGAGGCUCUACUUGACAAGGAGGAUGUCACGCUCGCUGAGCUCAUGGACGAGGACGACGUGCUGCAAGAGUGCAAGGCUCAGAACAGGAGACUCCUCCUGUUCCUGUGCCAGGAUCAGUGCAUGCAGGAGCUGGUCCGCAAGAUUACCACAGAGCCUCCUUCUGGUAUAGAGGAGACCAAGCGAUUUAAGUAUUCGAACAUAGCAUGUGAGUUGUUGACAAGUGAUGUGGGCGUGAUCAAUGACAAGCUGGGCAAUGAGGAGCCUCUCCUGGAAACCCUGUACGCCUUCCUGGAGCAGCCCUCCCCGCUGAACCCCUUGCUGUCAUCCUUCUUCAGCAAGACCAUCGGAAACCUCAUCGCACGGAAGACUGAGCAGGUGAUUAGUUUCCUGCGGCGGAAGGAGGGAUUUUUGUCCUUGGUUCUAAAGCACAUCGACACGUCAGCCAUGAUGGAUGUCCUGCUACGACUUAUCAGCUGCGUGGAGCCGCCCCCACUUCGACUGGAGACUCUGGCUUGGCUGAAUGAAGAAAAGCUGGCCCAGAGACUCGUAGAAAUUAUUCAUCCAAAGAUUGAUGAAGAGAGGCAGUCCAACGCUUCUCAGACUUUGUGCGACAUCAUUCGUUUAAGCAGAGACCAGGCUAAUCAGCUUCAGGAGAUGUCCCAGCCUGACCCUUUGCUGACCGUGCUGGAAUCGCAGGAGUGUGUGGAGCAGCUGUUACAGAACAUGUUCUCAGGAGACGGGACUGAGAGCUGCAUUGUCAACGGGAUUCAAGUUCUGCUCACAUUGCUAGAAAUCAGGAGGCCUGUCGUGGAUGGCGUAAUGGACGCUCGGGGGUUUGAGAGAAGUUACACAGUGAACAGCAGCAUCCUGUUGGCCAUUCAGCCGCACUUGCUCCACUUCCACCAGCUAGUUCUGGAGCCUCCCAAACGAAAUUCUAUGCUGACGACUUUGGGUGUGCUGGAGGAACCUUUGGGGAACACGCGGCUGCACGUAGCCAGACUAGUGGCCUCCCUGCUCUACACCAGCUCCGCCAGCCACGCAGUUAUAGCACAGGAACUCUGCCGACUCAAUACAAUAGACGUGCUUUUGAACUUGUUCUUUAAGUACACGUGGAACAACUUCCUGCACCUUCAAGUGGAGCUAUGCGUGGCGGCCAUCCUGCGGCCCUGCGCCCACGAAAUGAGACUUCAGCCAGGCCUCGUCUCCCAGGACAACGUUAAGCUUCCUCAGGAUGCGUCGCAAGAGCAGGCUUUGACGGAGGUCGCAGUCACCCAUGACAAUUCUGCACAUAAUUUAUUGGUUACUCACUUGUUUCAGCAUUGCCGGCUUAUUCAGAGGAUUCUACUGGCCUGGGAAGAGAAUGAUAAAACCCAGUCAGAAGCUGGAAUGAGGAGAGGCUACAUGGGGCAUCUGACAAGGAUCGCCAACACUGUUGUCCACAAUCUGGAGAAAGGCCCGGUUCACACCCAAAUUAGUAAUCUUAUCAGUGAGCUACCAGAUGACUGCAGAGGCCGUUGGGAGACUUUUGUUAACCAGACCCUUUCAGAAACCAACAGGAGAAACACCAUAGAUCUGGUCGGCAGCGGUAACCCACGGCCUUCCUCGGAAGACGACAUGGAGAGCCCCUUCCCAAAAGAACUGACACUACAGCAGGCUUUCUCAGACUACCAAAUUCAGCAGAUGACUGCAAAUUUUGUGGAUCAGUUUGGUUUCAACGACGACGAGUUCACAGAUCACGACGACACUAUCGGGGCAACGUUUAAUCGAAUCGCAGAGAUGAAUAUUAACAUCGACGUGGGCCAGGACAGUGCCAAUAUGGCUUCGUUUGACGCCUGCGCCAAGGAGAGGAUUCAAGCCUUUGACGAUGACGAAGAGGACAUCUGGGAGGAAAAAGAAAUCAAUUAUGCAACACAAACCAAGUCAAGGAACAGGUUUGGUGGGUCCCAGGCCGCCCAAGGCCAAGUCCCGAGGAAAGCGUAUGAUAGGUCAGCAGCUUCUGACAAAGCACCAAGCUCAGACUCUGACGAAGGAGAGGAGCUGAAAGAUGACAUUGACCCUUUCUCCAGCCAGGCAGAGGCCACAAAGAACUCCGGCUGGAUUGCGGACUUUGGGGAGGUGAACUCAAAAGCUCCCGCAGCAGGCGUCGGCUUCGCAGCCUGGGACAGUCCCCAGCCUACCGCCACUGAGACAGAGGAGAAGGGCUGGGCCCAGUUUACAGACUUUCAGCCUUUCUGCUGUUCUGAAACAGGCCCCCGAUGCAGCUCACCCGUGGACUCGGAUCUCAGCACUAAACCGAGCCAGAACCCCUGCGUGUGGAGCGUAUGCGGGGCGAGGAAAGCCCCCCUGGUGGCGUCGGACAGCUCCUCGUCCAGCAGCUCCGACACCGACGAAGACGAGAGCAAGAUGGGGCCCGCGUCAGCCCAGACGGCAACCAAGGAGACCAUCAACACGGGCGCUGGCAAGGAGACCUUCCGGCUCACCGUGGAUGCUAAGAACGAGCGUGCCGUGUUCAGCAGUCACACAGAAAAGACAGCAGCAGAGGACAAAGUGGAAGGAAAUGAGGCUGACGCGGAAUCUGAAAUGAAACACGGAGACUGUCCCAGUCCAGCUAAGAGCAGUCCUACCCAGCAGCCUGCUGCUGUCACACAAGAGAAGCAGCCCUCUGCCAACGGACCGGCCUAACCACAUCAUCAUCGUCGGCGAUCCUUCCAUGCGCAGCCACGCUGUUCUUUGAUUAGUCUUAGCGGCCUUGUUUGCCAGCCCAGUGACACAUUUGCAUUAAUUGCUAGAGAAGCACAUCCAACAGCCAAAUGAGGUUACACAUUAAUGAUCUGCCCAUGACAAAAAUAACAGUCCUGCGCAUAACUCUAAGCCUGGUCUGAGUUUCACAGCAUUCGACUGAUGACACGUCAACUACCCAUAAACACCACAAAACUAACUUUUCAAUUCAGCAUUUCAACUCCCCAUGUGUAUGCAAAGCCAUUUUUGGAUUUAUGCCAUAUUCUCGAGAUCCAGAUUAAGGUCAUACUCAUAGGACAAAAGUGGCAUUAGUAGAAAAACAUUACCAGUAAGACACAGUCUUUCUAUUAGCGCGCUGUAUUGUCUUACUAGUGAGAACAAAGAGUGUGCUAGUGCAUGAACCUUAAACUGGAUAUCAAGGAUAUGGAAUAAAUGCUCAAACUGCUUUCCCUACAGGCGGGCAAAUAUUUUAUACCGUUUCACCCUUGCCCAACUGUGCAUAUCAGACAUGGACCAUCAUGCGUGUCACUACUCUCACAGUCCAUCUAGUUUCAAUGUGUGAGAGUGUGAGCUCUGUACGAAGUGAAGAGCUCACACUUACUCUCAGGUCCGAGGAGAAGUAUGCCCAAUACUAAAAGAAAGCACACCUGUGUAACACAUGCACACACAUACGCGCGCACACACACACACACACACACACACACACACACACAUUAAAAAACACUGUAUUAUUGAACAAAAAAAAAAAUAAUAACAACUCCAAAAGACACACAGAUGUGCACAUACCCAGUCAUACCUCCCCCCUAAUCCUCGGAAGCUGUCAGUUGUACUAUUGUGAUAUUUGCACCUGUAUUAGGUUGUGGCUACUCUUGGUAAUAAAUGUCAUAUAAAUGUAUACAGUAUAUAUACACAUAUAAUCAUAUCUAUUUUUGGAACAAAAGAUAGGAAAGUUGAAUGCAUGUGUUGUAUGAAUGUGUGUCGUUGAAAUGAGGCAAUAAUGACGUUUUGGUAUCCCAGCAUCAGUUCAGGAGGAGUGUGUGUGUGUGUGUGUGUGUGUGAGGAGUGUGUGAGUGUGAGUAGUCUUACAUAGCAUUACGUUAAUCACUUUUUUUUCACGCAUUAGGCAAUCAGAUUGCCGAACCGGAGAUUACUGCAUAGCCAUUGUCUUGUUGCUAUUUAUUUGAUGUCAAUGACAAAAAAAACAGCUAGUGCCAAGCGUUGAUUAGGGGUAAGGCCUAAAGUACCGUAUUUCCUCACACAAUGGCCAGGUGCGUUUGUUUACUCAACUACAGAGAGUAUGAAGCAUUUAUUCAGGGUGAGGCGUUAAGUACGGGAUUUCCUUACAUAGUGGCUAUGGGUGUUUUUUUUCCCCUCAACUGAGAGAGGACAUUUGAGGGGUAAGGCAUUAAGUACCGUAUUUCCUCAUAUAGCGACCAGAGGCGUAUCUUUACUCAUUUGCAGAGAGCAGGAAGCAUUUAUUGGAGGUAAGGUGUUAAAAGUAUUGUAUUUGGUGAUACAGUGGCCGGGGAUGGGGGGGGUAUGUUUACUCGUAGUGGGGCUUAUCUUUCCACUCAUCUCAGGGCUGGUGGUGACUUUAGUUACACGUUUGCCCAUCUGUGGAAUCAUUUGCAGGCAGCACAGUGGCCUAGUGUUACUAUGUCUGCUUCACAGUUCUCGGGGUUCAGGAUUUGAAUCUCAGUUCAGGCCUUCCCUGUGCAGAGUUUGCAUGUUCUCCCCAUGCUUGCUUCUCCAGGUACUCGUGCUUCUUCCCACAUUCCAAAAACAUGACAUUCAUUGACAACUCUAAAUUGUCCGUACGUGUGAAAGUCAGUGUGAGAGGUUGUUUUCUUUAUAUUUGCUCUGUGGAUGGCUGGCGACCAGUCCAGGGUGUACCUUGCCUCUUGCCGAAGUCAGCUGGGAUAGGCUCCAGCGCGCCUGUGACCCUAAUAAGUGUUAUAUAUUUUCUUUUAAAAAUUGAUAAAUAUAAUCAUUUGGGUAGAUUUAAGUCUUUGAUUCACAGGCACUUUUUGUAAAGGCUCCAUUUGAAUGUGGAAUAGCUCACGUGUACAUUACACACGUUGGAAUACGUUUUGCUUUUCUACCAAAGUCUUCCCUCAUUGGUAUUUUUAUUUUUGACAGACAAUAAAAUCCAAAGCAGUCUUGUUUUUCCCUCCAAAUGAAUGUGACACUUUUGCUUGUUCCAUGUGUGAAAUGCUCUAAAGAAAUCCGGUUUCAGGGAGGAGGAAAACGGCGCUAUUUUACCACUGAAUAUAUCAAACUCUCAUUCCCAGUGAGGGAGACAACUGCGUUGACGUGACUGUGUAACGGCACGAUGCUUUGUGGGCAUCUCACCGCCAGUUGCUCAUUCCAAGACAUGCAUGUGUGUAUCAUUGCGUGUGUGUGUGUGUGUGUGUGUGUGGGGGUGGGGGGUGGGGGUUAGAAAAUAAAGCUGUGCUGUAAAAUGCCUUUCAUUUUUUGCCAUGCAAACUAAUGCUGGUGUUAACUUUUUUGAAGCAAUGUGUCUGUUACUUGUCACUUUACCUGGUAAAUUCAUAUGAACCUAAUAAAUCUGUCAAAAGAAAA